UGUUCUCCCAUACAAUUGGCCAAAAAAAAACGUUUUGGUACCCUCAUUUGCACACACGCGUCAGAUUAGCUAAGAUGAAGGGCGCGGCUCGGCGUCUAGCGGCCGCGGUGGAGGCCAUGCGCACCGGAGGCGGCUCCGUCGCUGAGCAGCAGGCGCAGCAGAAAGAGCUUGUACAGGCUCUCAUUGUUCUGCAGCGUCUGUGGAAGCCAGAGCUGCUGACAAACCCCUCACCGACUACAAAACGGAGCGGCAAGAGCAACGCGGCACUAUUCCAGCUGCUGCUGGCCACGCUUAUCGUGUACAGUGGUGGUCACGCUGGAAACUCCAAUGCGGGCGCGGCAGGAGGUAGUGCGGGUGUUUCGCUGUCGUCAUCCAGCGUUCUCACAUCCGAGUGCGUCCAUCGCCUUGUGUGUGACUUACUGGUGCGAUCCUUCGACUUCUCCGUGGUGCCUAAUAUCAAUGAAACGCUGCUAGCCAAGAGCACAUCACUGUACGUGAAGGUUUCGCUGGUUAUGGUGGUCUGCCGUCUACCGCUACAGGAAGCGCUGCAGUUUUUGCCGGAUGCGGUGGCUCUAGCCAAUAAGAGCAUCCGAAGUGCAGAUUAUUAUAUGAAGCAGUGCCUUAUUGAGAGUGUAGCUCAUGCUCUGGAAAAGGACUCGACGAGAUUAGUAUCUUUCCAUGCAGAGGCAUUAAAGAUCGUGAACAAGAGCAUCCUAGACAAGGUGACGGAAGUCAGGAUCGCUGCUGCAAGGCUGCUCCAGGUGGUAGCGGAGCGCACAUCCGUGUCGACAGCUAACACCGGAGCUGCUGGAGCUGCAGGAAGUCAAGGGGGCAGUGGAAAUGGAAGUUCUAGUGGAGUUGGGGGUGCUAGUGGGUCUAUGACUGGGGCGAUUACAGGAGGCAGUGCGAACGCUCAAGGCGUUUCGCUUGAUUCAAUUUUACAGAUCACUGCUAAGGGUAUGGAUGAUGUGGCGCCGGAAGCGAGAAGAGCGUACUCUGUGGUGGUCGGUGUGGUACUUGCCAAGUACGCAACGUCCUCGGGAGAAGCAGAAGCACAACCAGGGGCUGAGAGCAAUGGAGUGAGUGGCGCGUCUUUGAGAAACAAUGAUGAUGACAGUGGACGAAUCUCGAUUGAACACGACACACCUCCAUCUAGUGGAAGUGGGAAAUCCAAGACAGGUUUUAAGCUGCAUGUUCCUGGCAUCAACCUACCGUCUUCACUCUCUCGCCGGAAAGCAGCAACGGUGGAUUUCUCGACCAUCGCAAGCGUGGUGCUUUACUUUAAGGACAUGAUGAGCACCAAGUAUCUUUCGACGAAUCCGAACCAGAGUCAUGGAGGCAUCCUGGCCUCGUUCUCCAUCGCUCUGUGCAGCAUGUUCGAGCAUCUACCUCCUGAUUCAAUCCCCGAGUUCCAGUUGCGCGAGGUUAUGGAUGCCAUACUUGCUAUUCUUGACUAUCCAUUCGCGCUGGGAGACUUAACUCGAGCGCGUAAUGCCGUGGGCUUCGUAUUGCGUUGUGGACUUAAUCGAUGUCUAACGGAACGCCAGCAAGAAGUGCUUCUAGGUGCUUAUCUACAAAAACUAAAAGAUGAGACUCAAUCACCAGACCCGAACCAUCACAAGAUCCUGUCGACGUUAUUGGAGAUGAGUCAUAUGUUUCAUUCGAUGGGCGAGGCUUCUGUAACUCACGCACGUGAUGCCAGCGACGUCCUUCAAGGACUUAUUUGUCAUGAAAAGCAAAGUGUUCGCUUCCAAGCUGCAGUCGCACUGGCUUCGCUUGUCACGGCAAUCCCAUACCGACUUAAGAAUGUGCUGACGGAUUGUAUCCAAGGCCUUCGUGAUACAGCAGAGUAUUUGAUGCGAGGAGGUUCAGACGUCGAAGAAGCGAGAACUGCGGAGUCAGUUGAGAAGACCGAAGAUGGUCAAGAUGAAGGUGGCGAUAUGCAAAGCAAGGCUCACUUGUAUGCGAUUCAAGGCAGAUCCACAGCAAUCGUCCAUAUUGUUCGCGCUAUCAAACUUGACGGCAAAGGUGGAUUAUCUCAGACGAUCAUGGACGAUAUUUACGCCAUCUCGGAGGAACUUGUCGAGAGUCAGUUCUUUAAUGAAUGUGCGGACAGUAUUUGGCUCACCUGCACGCGUGCUGGUUGGACACUGGUUGGAAGUCUUGUGUCCAUGAAUGACGAGCACUGGAUCAAGGCAAAUUUGGAGAAGCUCCUGAAUUUAUGGCUCAAGUCCAGUGUAUUGCACAGUCGCGAAUCAUCUCUGGAACUGCUGCGCAUUGAGGCCGCUGUAAUCCCCCUCAGCUGCUUCUUGUCCAAUUGUCAGAGUGCAGCUGUAGACGCUGACAGCGAUGUCUAUAUUCUUGCGAGUCAUGUGCUCCAUGUGUAUUUGACGGCAACCCAGGAUACGCUGAGCAACCCAGUCAAGCGCCGCGGCCAGAUCGCUCGGUACCGUCUUAUGGGAUGGAUCAUCAACUGUUUCUCGGUGCUGCCUCCAAUCUACAGUGAUUCGUACAUCGUCCUGUUGAACCUAAUUGCCGAAUUCACUACGGCCCAGGCUUUGACAAGCCUCAGGCACUCUUCAUUAGUGCCGGCGAAAUCCACUUAUCUAAAGAGCGUGCUUUCAUCAGAAGACAACACACUGGAUGUGGUAACUCUCUCACGAUUGGAACCAGGCGAUUAUCCAUCCCCGCUAUACUCCAGAGAGCUCAAUCACAUUCUGGGUUUGCAGCAGCAGGAAAAUGCGUUGACAGAUACUGAGCUCGAGGUGCAAUACUUCGAUACGUUUUGGAGGUCGAUAGCUGAAGAAGACGCUGCGGAUGGUGUAGCUAAGCCAGUAAGCUGCAGUCCGUUCACUUACGUUCGACUAGUGGACGUCAGUGUGGUUCUCUUUGGUCGGCUUUUCCACUUUAUUCCGGAGGAUCUACAACUACGAUGUCUUCAGCAUUACGCUGGAGCUCUGUCCGACGUUCGAGCGGAUUGCGAGGUCAAUGUUUGCUCGCUAUUGUUUGCGGUGAUUGCAGAAGCGAAACGUCUGGAGAAAUCUGGUGCCGCACCGACUUCCUCUGCAUCUCUAUCUGCUACAUCGUGGCCUCUUCAAAUGCAGACCAUGCUGUGUGAAAUGAUCUCGAGCGAGAACGCGGAGGUUCGUCGUGGUGCUGGCGAAGCGCUUGGAACACUGGGGAUGAUUCUUGGAGAGGACCAUUGCAAGGGGCUGAUUAUUGAGCUGGAAAAACGCUUGGUUGUGGACAAGCUCCCUCAAGGUGCCUCUAGUGCUACGUUUGGCUCCAAUGCUGACCUCGAUGUGUCUGUUCUGUCAGCUGGCGCAGCUUUUGCGUUGGCGUGCAUCAAGCGUGUUUGUGGUUCACGCAUUUCUAUCGACACAGGCCUCAUUUUCCGCUUUGCGGGUGAGUGUUCUCAACCUCUCCGUACGUGGAUCUUGCAUUCGUGGAGCAUUAUUUUGGAAUCGGUAAAUUCAACUGGAGGCGAUUACGAGCAUUUUGUAAGCUCGACGUUUUCUCUCAUGGAAGCGCAUGUACUGGCAGGUUUUGUGUAUUCAAAGACCAACAAGCGCGGGCUACGGUGGCAAAUUAGCACGAAGGUUGCGCUGGGACGGAUUAUUAACGAUGUGGUGGCCACUCUUGGCCCUGAACUUGAUGGAUCGAGUGAUCGGUUGAACGAAUUCUACUCUUACUGGAUGCUCCUACGUCAGGAUGGUGACGCACGUGUGGAAUUGGAGUUCUUGAGAUUCCUGGAACAAGUGGUCGUGUUUGCUCCGUCCCGCUUUCAGUCUGCAGAUUUGAGGUAUAUUUUGCGCAUCAUAUCCGAUACCGCUCUGCUGAACUCAGCCACUUCAUCGUUGCUGACAGCACAGCAGAGCUCAGAAUCUCCAGCUAUGUCACCGCCGUCAGGGCAGGGUCUGUCUCUGGCCACGUUUGGGAACUUUGGCGAACAAUUCGAACAAAAUGGUCUCGUAAAUGUUGGUGUCUAUACAAAUGGACGGAGUCGAAGUAUCUUGCAGAAUGUCGGCUUGUCAUGCAUUCGCACCCUGGUGGAAAGAGAUCCGACGUUAAUUCGACGCCAGAAUUUGUUUUGUCUUCUGUUUUCGGCACUCCACGUAGAAUGCAACGAGCUAACGUGGCUCUACCUGCCUGGCCUACAUGGAAUGUGGGACGUACUCUCCUUUGCUUCUGUCGAUUCUACAAGUAUGCAUCGAAACAGUAUUAGUGUACUGCAGAGCACUGCCAUAGCACUAUUGGACGUUGAAGGUGGGGACCACGAAGGUGCUGAGCCAUGCCUCUGGGCUUUACUGUGUCGCAGUAUUGCCAUUGGUGAAUCAGGUACCAGUGCAAAUGCAGAACAGCUAAUGAUGAGCCCGAAAGGAACGAACUCGGGUAUUUCGAUCACUGCUAACAUCGACGGGGAUGAUGAUGACACGUCGACGUGGUCACCUGUACAAGUGCCGAAGAGUGACGCGAGUUCACUUGCGAUUGCCACUCAAGUGAAUACGUGGCGAGCAACGAAAGCAAGCGUGGGCGACCUCAUCGCGUUGAUGCCGCCGCUGUCACGACAAGUACGCCAUUUCGCAGUGGAGUGUGUGUUACGUGUGUUUGAAUUGAAGACUGGGAGCCCUCCAAUGACAACUAGCGGGAGUCAGAACAAACAACUGCACUUUGAUCUUGCUGCAACGCGCCGCUAUUUUUUCGACAUGAUUUCUGCUGGGGAAGUACUGCCAGUAUCCGUGGAGUCCAACAUCGGAAACUUCUUGUGUAUGUAUUUGGACGAGUUUGUGACACUCGCGUGCCACGUCGCCACUACGUCUGCCGAAAGUGACGAGCUCCUCAUGUUUCAGUGCGUGGGUCUCCGAUUGUUGAAUGUCCUGGUGAAGAAUUUUGCGUCGGCGCGUGACCCUGAGGUGGCAACCGGAGAUGCGUACUUGUUGGAUCCGUACCGUGCCCAGCUUUCGUCCGCUAUCCGCCAUGCUUUGAAGCAGGUACAAGUGGAGUCUUUGCCGUUAACUCCUAGUUUGGACAAGAGUGAGGAAAGAUACUUCUACGCACCACUUCUUCUCGAAGCGCAUGGUAUUGCUGGCGCUUGUGUCUCAGCUCAUCUUAUUCAAGACAAGGUCGGAUUGGGACGCAUCCUGAGAGCAAUUGUGACUCCAGAUUACGGCCACGCGCAUUUUAUCGGAGAUGAACUCACCCGCACGUCACUUUCUCUUGCAAACUUGGCGUCCGUGGCGGAACUGCUAUCGUCUAGCGUCGCGGAAGCGAUCACACAAAAGGAUGCGCGUGACGACGAACGUCGAGCGAUUGCCAUAUCUCCUCUCGUGAAGGCGAUGACUAGCGGAUUGGCUGAAACCACGGAGUAUUUGUUCAAGUGUUGGAUGGAUUCGACCUUUGCGUACGGCGUCGUAAUGCAAGGCUGCGCACAGUGGGCGGAAUUGGACACACCUGCUAGUGCAGCUUUACUUACCGACGAUGUGAUGAUUAUGCCAGCUUUGCAGAUGCCGCUACCACCGAUCGGUGCUGCUGCGAACGCUCCAGCGGCGGCUUUGUCGACGUCUAAGGAACUACGCACGCUUUACAAACGAUACUGGCCGAGAAUCGUCAAUGCGAUGGCAACGUUGGAAGUGUACUUGCCAAAAACCGUCUCGUUAUGUAGCACCCAAGAAGGCAAUAUUCCGAAAUGGUCGUCGGCAUUGCUGUCCAGCGCGGUUUUCCAUGUGAAUGCGAACGCUCGCGACAGAAUGGAGGACGAAGGGGAUCUGCCAGCCGUUCUUCGUAGUAUUCCGUUGCUACUGAGAGCAUUAGUUGAGAACCCCGGGGGCUCUUCUUCCAGUAACUUCCCAGUGCUAUUGACAACAGCGCUGAGAACGCUCAUACUGGCAAGUAAGCGAUGCUCUGGCCCAGCUCAAAUUGAGGCUCUGAAGGCGAUAUUCUCAUGCUUAUCGCGCGAGAAUCUAGCUUUUGCUCGUGAGAUGAUGAACUCUGGAGACGAUCAAGACCAGCGCUCUACUGACCUUUUCGAUACCGUAGCGCAAGCAGGAUUGUGUCCAACUGAGGUCGUUUGUCAGCUGUGUGAUGCGACCGAACAGACCAGGCAUGCCCGAGCUGUAAGCAUCGGUAGCAGAACCACAGGAUCCCGUCGAAGUUCCGUUGCGUGUGUCGAGGAUACCAAGCACAUGACUGAAAUCGUGCAAUUCGCUACAAAAGGUAUCGUGCUUCUUCACACGACUGAAGAAGCGCGACACGGGGUGGUGAGCUCGCUUGCGAUGGUCCAGCAGAUCAUUUGCUCUGUUGCUGGCGACUACCAUUCUUCAUCAGUUAAGAGCGCUGUGGUGACACUUAAUCGUGCUUCUACCGAGUCGGUGCUAGCGCUGGCACGUGCGGUUGAAACAAGGGACUCGGCUGACAGCUUAACCCAAAUCAAGUCCAGUGUUCGCAGCUGCUUCGAGUUCCUCGCUGAAUGGCUAAAGGUAGACGUCCACACUGCUCCAGGAUUUUCGAUGCAUAUCGUGGCGAAUUAUGCUAUGAGCUUCCCGACAUGCCUACAAGCCGACGCAGAACGUUUCCAUAAUGAAGUCACAGAAACAACCUCGGCUAUGUUAGGGGAGCAGAUUGCACGGGGUGCUGAAGACGAGGAUACGAAGAAGCAGCAACACGCUGCCAGUGCCGAACUUUUGCGAGGUUUACACGCAGUUGUGACGAAGCUUGUGGACGUGCACCAAACCUCCAUUUUGAAUCGUUAUCUGAUGGCACUCGGCCCUUCUCUCGUCGAAAUUGUUGCAGUAAGAAACGGUUACCCAGAGACGCCAGCCAAGCUUGAUGAACUGGAUCAAGCGGAGGGAUUUCUUCGCUUAUUGACAACGCAGUUGAAUGAUCAACAUGGGUCUGCGUUUGUGCACAUGCUGCUCCCCAGACUUGCGACUGUACUCAGUCAUCCGACACCGACAGUUGUAGACAACACGAUUCCGUCGCAAGUCCCUGGUAUCUUGGCUCGACUGCUGCUGUGCUUUGCACAAACUCAUGCCGCUGCAUUCAAGGAAGCUGUGGCGGCUAUGACCCCGACGUUGCGUGGUGUGCUGGAGACUACGUUGCGUCUUGCUCUCACUGGUUCGGUUCCAGCUGCUGGAACACGCGGACACUCGUCACUUCAGCAAGUAAGCAGUCCCGCCGCGAAACUUGAUCUAAGCCGAUACAACUAAGCGUUUGAAUGUGAAUGAAUUACAUAAAUUGUUACGUAUUUGCUACAUGUGCUAGC